GAACCCAUGACCCGACUCCCGAGCCCGUGCUCUAUCCACUACGCAUACUGCUCUCUCUUCUCUUCUCAUCCACAGGUGAUGCCUGCACCCGGGCACGGGCGUCCACAGGAGGAAGACGAGAACGAGAAGGGGCCGAGGUGGAGGCCCAGUCUCGAGUUUUUAUCCAGGGGAGCUCAGGGCAGCCCCGACUGCAACCAAUCUGACGGGGAGGCCUCGGCGGCGUCUAGUCCCGGGGAGGACGACGACGAUUAUGACAGCGACCUGAAGAACUGGGAGGUGGAGGAGGGGCAGGGGGACGGCUCCCCGGCGACGGAGCAGAGGGCCCAGUCUCCACUUAAAGAGGACUGGGACGCAGAGCUGAAUCCUUACGAUGCGGAAGACAUCCACCGCACCGGCUCCCCGGAGAACCGCUGGGUGCCCCGGAUCCCGAUAGGCGACCUGAUCUACGACCCCAGCUGGCACCACCCAGCCCCGCUCACGCCGCACUACACCAAAAUGGUCUUCGAGACCGGACAGUUCGACGAUGCCGAGGACUGAGGGGCGGGUAGCCCCCGGCUACGGAGCGGUCGUUUCUCCCCGGGGGGCCGGGCCAGGUCGACGCCCCUGGCCGUUCCAGAGCGGCGUCUGGUCUCUGUGCUUUUAUGCCUGGGAAGUGACCCUCGCUACCCCACAACCCUGCAUCUCAUGGUUCUGUUGGUUUUGAGUUACAGUGGACAUUCGCUCACGGAGCAAGCCUACAGGGGGGUGUGUGUGUCUGUGACUAUGUGUGUGUGUGUGGAGGGGGGAGUCUGCUCUUUCCUUGUUUUCUAAAUAAAAGUUGAAAAAUCAG